AUGAGUUAUAUAGAAAUUAUUAUAAAUGAGAUUUGUGCCGGUGGAUUGGAUGGCGUCCCGAUUUCUCAUUUGUGGCAAAUAUUACAAGAACCACCAGUACAAUUUCCCUUGGAUAUUAAAGAGAAAACGAAGGAAUUUUUGUGGACUAAAAUUAAGUGCUUUCGUAGCUUCAACUUUUAUGUUCGCAAAGAGGAACCCCCUCCUUACGAAUAUAAGGAUAGAUUUGCAGACUUAGAAGAAAUUGUUGAAGAAUCGCACCCUGCUGUUGCACGAAAGUUAUACCCUGUAGAUGAACCCGGAGUUUAUGGUUCAUGUGCAGAUUACAAUACACGUACUUGUGUAAACUCACAAAUCUUCUCCGAGGAAAUACCUUAUUCCGAAGUAUACCGAAGAUGGGGAAAUCUUCUCGUCGUUGUAGCCCCCCAAUCACUUCGGACUAAAUUUCUAACUGGUUCAGAAGUUCUUAAUAACAACAUGAACCCGAAGCUUUACCGAGUACUUGAGUUAAUUGCAAAGUCAAGAUACAAUGGCAUUCCGAUAUCUGGUCAAGAGAGCAUCUUAUCCUACGGCGAGUCUUCUUCUACAGUGUUUUAUAUUCGAAAAUUGUUCUCUAGUGACGGUUAUAUUAAAUCUCAACCCUUUAUCACUCAUGAUGCGAAGAAAAGGGCUAUGAGGCGAACUACAUUAUUGCACAGUUUUCGCUUUUUCCGUCCUCUUACCUAUCCUCUUGCUUUGUUUCUGGAGAAACUUUCCAAUUUUCUGCUUGAAAGUAAAUCAAGAAUGAUGCUGCCUUGUAUAGUUUGUCAAAAAUUUGAAAUGGGAAGAAGAUCGCUUAUGAGAAUUGUAAAAUUUGGUAUUCAGCAGGGCUGUUUGAAGCUUAUACAUGUGUCAUUUAGUACCGCCUGUGCCCUCAUUAGCAACAGUGGGAAUGACUGCGGCGAGAUUUGUGCUGAGAUGCUUCGCAAAGAGACCCUUGAAUUGAAUAACUUGGACGGUUCUAUUAUGACCUCAAACGAAUCUCCGGGUAGAAGAUUUGUUCGAGAUGCCACUGUGAUUUACCUUCAACAUCCAUUUGAUGUUGAGAAGUACAUGAAGAAUGCACAUAUUGAUCAUGGCAGUCGUCCGGCUUCCUUAAAUCAACCUCAAGAGGAUACUGCAUUAGCCUUGGACGAUACAAUUGUUCCUGAUACUGACAUUGUUGAUGAGAAAGAACAGUUCUCCCAGGGAUCUUUCUAUUCAAUACACAUGAAUGGAGAAGACACCUUCUGUGUUCAAAUCUGCCGCUUCCUAUCCGACAAUGAGGCAAAGUCCAAUUCCCUCCUGGCAACGCAUUUCAACUCCUCACAUAGAGCUGUCUCUAGGUUUGCCGAUGCUCUCGCUGGAAUUGGCAAAUUAGCCACCUCAAAAAUCUCCGUUGGAACCACGUUCUGUCUUGUUCGGAGGUUUGUGACCGAAAAGGAGGCCUUUGAUAUUGUGAGAAGCACUAACAAUUCAAGAGGUUCAAUUUCAUUUUACAAUCAGCGAGAACAACGAAAAGCCUUCAUUCUGGAGAACCUUGAGAAAUUCCGCGUCUUUCCCUCUGUACCGGCUCUCCGGGCUCGAAUCUGGGCCCAUGAGGCAGCUCGUGGGUUGCCUGGCAAAAUGGAUAGGAAGUCUCUCUCUCGUAUCGUCGCUGAUUUAGUUAAAGAAGCUCGGCUUAAGUUCAUACACAUGCAGAUUAUUGGCCGAAGGCAUGAUGGCACACCCCGACCUGUUGAUCUGCAACUUGUAUGCCACCCAUCAAUCGAGACGGAUUCUCCAGAGUUAAUUGAUUGUGUAUUGAGAGAAAAGAAACGUUACAUGAUGACACCGAGGAAUUAUGGAGCCCUGAAACCUGAGGAAGCUCUCAUGCAAGCCCCAGAGGAGGAUGAAGAGGAAGAGAACUUGCGGACCAAAUUUCCUCAAGCUGUCUCUUUGGAUGUCUCUAUCACUAAGAAGGAAAUGGAGCUUAUUCGUCUGUCAGAUAAAAAUAUAUCCAAACUGCGAAGACGAUGUCUACUACACAAAUUCCUCUUUUAUCUUCUCUACGAACUUCCACCUGAUACCCAGAAGGUCCCAUCCACGCCUGAAUCCUGGGCACCGGUGUACAAUCCCGACUCAGUGGAAUAUCGAUAUGUCCCCCCUCUCCCCCCUAGCACUGUUCCAGGAUGGUUAACACUACAUGAUAUUCUCCAGUCAAUGCCAAUGGGUCUUUUCUUGUAUCUCUCCUCACCAAACAACGCUCCCCGCAUUCUACUCCAGUGGCUCUCUGUUCUCAAAGGUGGCGAAGCUAGUCUGCGUCCAGUUAUUAAGAAAAUCAUCUCUUCUCAAGUGGAAGAAGCCAAUGCUUUCUCGCCUUAUCGUGAUCGUGCUUCUCUAGCCCCCGACGCUUUGAGGAGAUUUGAACUCCUCCGAACUCCCAUAGCCUAUGUCCCCGUUCCGGGCGGUCACUCGGGGGGACUCUACGCGUGGAUAAUGAGUCGACACAACAUGAAUAGGGUGUAUAAACUCAUUAGAGAGCUUUCUAGCCACGGUCUAGUCACUCUGAAUGGUCAAACAACCCAGGGUCAUCUGCCUAUGGCAAAUAUUUAUCUCCAUCGAAAAGCGGUUAUCCUUGAUACGCGAUUCGCAGCUCCAGCUCAUCACAUCGUUACAGAUACCUCCAAUUGUCCACUACUCAAGUAUACUUUCAAAACUCCUGCAGAUAUCGAUACCUACUGGCUUCAUCUUCGGGCAAUUCUCAUGUACACGCCUUUUGGCUUUUCUCGAUUCUCUGAUCCCGCUCUUGCCAACUUUGCAGAUCUAGAACCCCCGGUAUUGUCAGUGAAAAGUCUACGGGAAGUGUUGGUCCAAAAUGACGAGUCCUACACCCCAACUCUACCCCAAAUCUUGCCAACAACACUGAAAAGACCCACUCCUUCAGUUGUAAACACUGCUAUUAGGGCGUUGGUUGAUAUUUACGAGACCAAGGUGGAGAUGUUUGUCCUGAAAGGCGUUGGUGGUCUGCACGCGGCUUUGUACAAAGUUAAGGCUCCGUUUGAAGAGAUGGGAUAUGGUGUUAAUGAACAAGGACUCUGUACACAAUAUCAGCCCCAAUACCCUUCCCCUACCCUUCAAAUGCAGCCCGCGGUUAGGGAUUUUGAAAUGAGAAUAAUCCUUGGAGAGUUUGAACCGGGCUUAAAAACCAUUGGAGAUGGAGCUUUUUGGCCCUGGACUGUGCAGCUGUUCUUUGGCACAAAUCCGGUGAAAGAGUUAGAAUUACCACCAGAACAUCCCGAGGGGUUAUUUAUAUCGCGAUCUCGUCGAUAUCCCUUCAGAAUCACUUCGACUGUUGAUAAGGACACAGAUGAGGAAGGUACACCAAGGAAAGAUCAUCGGCGCACUCGUAGCUAUAGGUUAAGAAGCGCCAGAAAAAAGCUGCGGAGGAUCAAUUCAGAUGGAGAAUCUGCUGAUGCCUCCGGAUCUGAUGCUGAUAAUGAAAAUGACGAUGGUGAUCAAGGUGAAGGUGAGGAGGAGGAGGAGGGUGGAUACAGUUCACCGUUUGAGGAAUUGCAGCCUAUUAUUCAAUCGAGAAAAAGACGUCUGCGCAAGAAGGCCUCUACGACACCUCACAUUCAUCGCAAAGCAAUUAGUCGCCGUUUCAUAUCAACGGACAAACGAGCAUUGGAUGAAAGAGAUGUUGAAAUACGCAACAGCUUGCAUUCAAGGCGCGCUUGUUGGACUAAAAUAGAAGAUCAGCUGCUGCUUGCCUGUCGUGUAGCUUCCUUAUUCCUUGUUGGCCACACUCGAGAAUACGUCUGUGUUCCUUCUAACAUAGUGCGAAACAUUAUGCACGAAUAUUUCCCUAUUGAGAGCAGUGACAAGACUAGUUAUGCUUGUUCACGUCGGUUGAAGUUUCUGUUGAUGCUUCGAAAUGAUGAAAGAACUCAAACCGAUAUCCUUCUUACAAAGGUUUCAAGUGAUACUGAACUCAUGGCUAAGUACCAUAUUGGCAAGUCAGCCUGGGUGCACCUUUACAAUCGUGACUCAGAACAGGCACAUCAUUUUUUCAGGGAUUUAGUGCAGCUCAUUGUGAAGAACUUCCUCCCGACCAUCGCUAAACAGUGUCCCCACAUGCUCAACAAGUCCCUGCUCAUUCCUGGGAUAUCAAAUGAGGAAAAUCAAGAGAUGAGUCGAGAAAAUCAGUUCAAUUUGGAGAGAAUUCGAGAAAUGCUCUUGAAGUCUCGUGAAACCCUUCGAUCUCAUUAUGAUUUUAUCCUCCUCGCUUCAGUUCACAGUGAACAAGCCCUACCAGAUAUUGGCCAGAGUCGACCCGCUAUUGUGAUUGAAACUCUGAGAAAUCUAUUUCUGGGUGCGCUCCGAUUGCGUAAAGAGAUUAACUCGCCACAUGAUCCGCUGAUGUUGAAUAGGAUUCUCAAACAGUAUCCCUAUGAGGAGAUGACAGCAGCUGUUAAAUGUCUGGCCACUACGGAUGCGUUGCGGAAACAGAAGAGCUUUGAGGAUUUCGAUCUUAAUAUUAUUGGUCACUUUCGGCUGAAGACGACUCUACGACUGGUCUCUUGGUGCAAUCUUCACUUAUUCAUAAAUAUCCGUUUCUUUAUGGAAGCUUGGAGUUUGUAUAGACAGUGUUCUGAGGAGACUAGACGAUUGCGUGGAAGGCAAAGAAGGAGUAAGGUGAAAGCCACUUCUCAAGCGUCAACAGAUGCGUCAGAAUCAUUGCAACGACCCAGAAAUGAGUGGAUUAUUACAAAACACGAUUUUGCUGAGCCUACUUCCGGUGGCUUAGUGGCCACAUUUACAGAAUUUCUCUACUGCAAAUCGGUUAAAAAGAACAAAAAGUCAGGUUGUCUCCUCUCUGCUCAUGAAUGGGAACUUUGUUCUAAAUAA